AUGGCUUGUACUAAGCAGACCGCUCGCAAGUCCACUGGAGGAAAGGCUCCUCGCAAGCAGUUGGCAACGAAGUCCGCUCCCACCGGAGGAGUAAAGAAGCCCCAUCGCUACCGGCCAGGCACCAUCGCCUUGCGUGAGAUCCGUCGCUAUCAGAAAUCCACCGAACUGCUGAUCCGAAAGUUGCCUUGCCAACGUCUGGUCCGUGAAAUUGCCCAGGACUUCAAGACCGAUCUGCGCUUCCAGAGCUCAGCUGUUAUGGCUCUGCAGGAAGCGAGCGAGGCCUAUCUAGUCGGUCUGUUCGAGGAUACCAAUCUGUGUGCCAUCCACGCCAAGCGCGUCACUAUCAUGCCGAAGGACAUCCAGCUGGCUCGUCGUAUUCGUGGAGAACGCGCUUAA